AUGUCGUCUAGCAAAGGAAGCAACACCGUUAGUCUAUUGCACAGUGUUAAUGUGCCCAAUCUUGAGAACUCCGCUCCGUCAAGCAGUACUGACGAUGAAAGUUUGUUUGUGGCCAUGAAUGAUCAGUUUAUGGCAGAAGAUAGUGAUUCCACUGAGUCUGACACAUCGAUUGAAUCAGAUCCGUCAGAUGUUUGGAAAUUAUUUGCGGUGCCAACCGAGAACGCGACUGAGGAACAAGUGAAUGAUAGUCUGAACAAUAUGUUGACGCAAUUCUAUGUGCCAUCGACGGAUGAGGAGGGAAGCUUUGGUGUUCCGAAUCUGGGAACUAUUGGCGAGCAUGGGUUAAAGUUGGAAGAAUUGAAUGCAGACUUGUUCGAUGUACCAGUAAUCCACGCAAAUGGUGCGUUUGGUGCGAUGAAUGAGUAUGGGGCCAACGACGAGUAUGAAAUGCUAAUGCUUAUGGGAAAUAACAAAGAAGAUGAGAAUGAAGCCAUAGAGAAUGAGUUAGAGCACGCGAUCGAUCAGUUGAUAGCUGAGUGUGCUCAAGAUUUUGGUCUGAUCGGGGAAAAAGGAGGAGGAAAUGGGAACGAUGGGGGUGAUUCCUCAUCGGACUCAUUUGAGUCAUUGACGCUAGAGCCUAAGAGUCCGAGUGUGAUCAACAUCUCAUCGGACAGUUCGCAACCCAUUGUGAUGAUGCUGAAUCCCAGCAAGCCGGAAUCAUGUUGGGAGAUUGAGAUGUUUAAGGGAGAUGAGCCAAGUGAAGAAGAAGGAAGAGGAAGGUGGGAUCCGAUGCUGCUUGAACAGGAACUAAACCACGAGUAUUUAAUGAAUCGUUUAAAACUUGAUGAAGAAAGGUCGAAAGAAAAGAUGGCCCAAAGGAUCGUUGGAGUAAAUCUGCAUCCACUUCGGAUCGGAUAUGGGAUUAAUUCCAAGGUUAAGCCCAGAAUACGGGCAACGGCGAGGAAGUCAGUUAGAAGGAAGUUACCCACUCCGGCUAAGCGUCCGUGGGAGAUAUGUGGCUAUAUAGAUCAUCCGACUGAGCAGUGCUUGCAUCCACCACAGGCUAUGCCUUAUAUGGUUGAUUGCGCCAAGUGUUACUCUUGUGGAGGAGUGGGACAUGUGUCCAUGUAUUGCCCGUACCUUGCGCCGAAUGCGGGCGAAGGAUCCUCGAGGGAUGCCCUCGUUUUUAUGGGUAAGGGAGAAACAAGCCAUGAACGUAGACAUGAAGGAGAUUCAAAAACCUUUGUAAAAAUGUCAGAAGAAUUCGUGGGGGACCGAAUGAGAAAAAGUUGCCUUAAUGCAUGGCCAAUUGACCGCAUGUGCCCAGAAAGUACCAAACCGGCAAAAGGCAAAGAUGGGCAAGAAUGGGCACGAAUGGGCAAAGAUGGGAAAAGUUGGGCAUGCCGCGGGAGAAAUUUCCCCUGCAGGGUGCAGAACCGACAUGUGUGGACACCUCACUUGCGGUGCCUUGCGGCUCAAGUCACCAAUCUUGGAGCCAAAGUCGGCUUAGUUUUGGAGCCGAAGUUGGCUGAGUCUUGGAGCCGAAGCUGA